AUGUCUAAAGUUAAUAGAGAUUUAUUCUACAAAUUGGCCUCUGAACUACCAGAGGAACGUGUUCAAGCAGCUGUCUCGAUAAUUAAAGAAUUAUCAGAAUUGGAAUUACCAGAUGCUGAUACAGAAUGGAAAUACGUAUUGAAUAGAUUGAUUACUGGGUUAUCAUCAGAUAGAAACGGUGCACGUUUAGGAUUUUCAUUAUGUUUAACUGAAGUGGUGAAUCUAGCCAUCGAAUUAAGCAAAGAUAAGAAAAAAUCAGUACCUGAAUGUUUGCCUAAUAUUGAAGAAUUUUUAAAUUUAUUAUCUAAAACGUUAUCCUUAGAAUCUGAUAAAAGUAAUAAAAAGAGAAAAGGUAAAGAAGAAAGAGGUCUUUUAUUUGGUAAAUUAUUUGGUUUACAAUGUUUAUUAAAUGAACCUCUUUUCACUAGUAUUUUUUUUGAAAAUAAAUCUGUCUCUAAAUUUAGUACAACAUUCAUGAAUGAAUUAUUAACUUUAUCUCAAUAUAAAAAUUGGAUUAGAGAACCAUGUUUAUUUACACUUUUCCAAACUAUUACUAAAUUGAUUCCAUUUGCAAAUGAAGAAUUCAUUAGAUCAAUUAUUCAAUUAUUAGAUUCUUAUAAAUUAACUUUAACAAAUGAAGGUUUAGCCAUUUAUUUAUCUAUCCUUUAUAAUGACAAAAAAUUCAAUUUAACUAAUAUUACUUUAGAAAAUAAUGGUUGGAAAAAUAAUGAUCCAUUAACAAGAGGUAAUUUACCACUAUUAACUGACGUAUUACGUCAAUCAUCAGUUGCUGAAGAUGAAAAUAAUAAUAUUAAACAAGCUAAUUGGACUCCAAGGUUACAUUUUGUAUGGAAAGUUCUUUUACCAAUAAUUUGUAAAGCACCAGAUUCUAAUGGAGAACAUAUUAAUAAAAAGAGAAAGAAAGAAAAAGAGAUGAUUAAAUUUGCAGAAUUUUGGCAAAUGGCUGUAGAUGAAUCAUAUUUCAAUGAAAAAUCAUCUAGUGAAAGAAAAUUCUUGGGAUUCUUAAUAUUUGAAAAAACUAUCUCAUUAGUGGAUGCACAUUGGAUUCCCUCCAUAUUUACUCAAAAUUUUAUGAGAUCAUUGAUUAACCAAUCAACAGAUUCUAAACGGAUGUUACAUAAGAUUUCUCAAAAGACAUUGAAUAUCAUCGUUAAUGCAUGUGGUCCUGAACAUGAAGUUAAAUUAGUAUCUUGCCUAAAGGCAAUCUUAUUCGGCUCGAAUGGAUCUGUUAACUUUGAUAAAUUAACUAAAUCGAAGACAGUUUCAAAAUUAAUUACUACUCCUAAUCUAAAUGAAAACAUAUUAGAACAAUUAUUUACUAUGCUUUAUGCUGAACUACCUUCAAAAAUUGAUUCUGAUUUGUCUCUUGUUCGUUUUAUUUUGGAUACAACCUUACAUAUCGUGAGAAGUCAUAAAAAUGGUAUACCGGUCACUUUAGCUGUCACCAUUUUAAAACCUAUAGUUUUAUUGGCUUUUUUCACUAAUGAUAAUGAACAAUUAAAUGAAUUAGCAAGAGAAAGAUUAUAUUCUAUCCUUGCUGAACUUACAGGUGUCAAGACAGAUACACACUCUUGGCAGUAUUAUACUCUAGAUAUAAUCGUCGACCUUGAAAACGAUACUGAUUCUAAAAUCGAAUUGGUUAAUAAAUUAGAUGAUAGUCUAAUACGAGUAAAACAAGAUGCGAUGGAAGUCUUAAGUGACAUUUCUACUUCAUUAGAAAGCACCGAUAAAGAAACAUCAAAAUUACGAGGUAUGGAGUCAUUAAUCUCUAUGUGCUUACUUCAAUUAUAUUCUGGGGAUGUUGAAUCAGUAUCGGUUAUUGAAGAACUAUGUUCAUUCUAUAACACUCAAUCCGAAGAAGGUGAUAAUUCUAUGGUGGGCGUAACAGAAAUUCUACUAUCGUUACUUGCACAAAAGAAAGCCAUGUUAAGAAGAAUUAGUCUUGCUGUCUGGGAGCAAUUCAUUUCAGAUAUUGGACGCGAUGAAUUAAAAGUGCUAUUGGACGUGCUGUCAGCAAGAGAGAAUAAGCAAGGAUUCAGCCAACUGUUUGAAGGUGUUGACGAUUAUGAAGAAGAGGAAGAAGAAGAUGCCGCUAAUGACGACGAUAAAAAGGAUGAUAGUGAUGCAGAAGAUGAUGAAAACAAAAGUUCAGAGGAAGAAGAUAGUUCUAGUGAAUCAGAAGAUGACAUAGAUAAUGAGAAUGUUGCAAAUAUUGAUAAAGAAACUUCAAGUGCAUUAGCAAAAGCGCUAAAUCUUCCUGAAAGUAUUAUCAACGAAAAUGGUGAAGUCAAGUUCGAUGAGUUAGACGAUUUCUCUGGAGAUGAGGAAAGUGAUGAAGAGUCAAUGGAUGAUGAAAAAAUGAUGGAAUUAGAUGAUCAAUUAUCUGAAAUAUUCAAAAGAAGAAAAGAAGCUCUUUCAAGCAUUCCAACAGGUAAUCAAAGAAAAAGUGACGUUAAAAUGUCCCGUGAGAACGUCAUUUCUUUCAAACACAGGAUUGUAGAGAUGUUAGAAAUAUAUGUUAAGUACAUAGAGAGAUGUACCGUCGAGAAAAGAAAAGGAGAGAGUGAUACUAACGUUAAUGGUUCUAAUUUAUUACUGUUUAUCCUGCCAAUGAUUACUUGUGUCAGAGAGACAUUGGACAAAUCCUUAAGUGAUAAAAUUUCCAAAUUAUUAAAGACAAAAGUCUUCAAGAUUACCGUGAAUGUCUUUUCGAAUGUAACAGAUGAAGAAUGUUUGACUUUAAUAAAACAGGUUCAUGGUAAAUUAUUGAGUUCAAAGCCGGGCCAUUUUAGUGUAAACUAUUACUCGCUGUGUUCGACAUCUUCUAUUUUCCUUGGUAAGAUUUUACUUGAAAACAACAAGGGAGACAGUUCUUCUGUUAUUUUGGAAGAAUUAGUGGACAUAUAUUGUCAAACCACAAAAAAAUGGAUGGUUAAGGGAAAAUUUGGUGUAAAUAUCUUCAUUGAUUUUUAUAAUUGGCUAUCAAGCAAGAAACGAUAG